AAAAACAGAGAGAGAGUCAUAAAAAUUAAAGCUUUGACAAAAUAGUUCUGUUCUGUUCUCUUCUCUUCUCUUCUCUAUACUCCGUGAUAGAGAGUAAUUGCCUCUUCUGUAGUCUUUCUUCUUUCCCGUGCUUUCUCGUGGACCGAUCAUAAGCAACCCAUUACCCCAGAACCUACGCCAUUGAUUUCUUUGUUUGGUUUUCUCAUCUGGGUUUCACAGGAAUCUCUUGUCUUCUACUCUUUUUCUUCUUAUCAAAAGCCUGGAAUCGAUUGUUUGAGUUAAGUGAAAAAUGAGUAAUCGAAACUUGGAGAAGAUGGCUUCCAUUGAUGCCCAACUUAGACUGUUGGCUCCUGGCAAGGUUUCCGAAGAUGACAAGCUAAUUGAGUAUGAUGCUCUCUUGUGUGAUCGGUUCCUUGAUAUUCUCCAGGAUUUACAUGGCGAAGAUCUCAGAGAAACGGUUCAAGAUUGUUAUGAGCUCUCUGCUGAGUAUGAAGGGAAUCAAGACCCCAAGAAGCUAGAGGAACUUGGGAAUGUGUUGACUAGUUUGGACCCUGGGGACUCUAUUGUGGUUGCUAAAUCAUUUUCUCACAUGCUUAACUUGGCCAACUUGGCUGAGGAAGUUCAGAUAGCUUAUAGAAGAAGGAUUAAACUUAAGAAGGGAGACUUUGCUGACGAGAAUUCGGCUACUACUGAAUCUGACAUUGAAGAGACCAUCAAGAAACUUGUGGGGCAACUGAAGAAGUCCCCACAAGAAGUUUUUGAUGCCCUGAAGAACCAGACUGUGGACUUGGUCUUAACUGCUCAUCCUACUCAGUCUGUCCGUAGAUCUUUGCUUCAGAAGCAUGGAAGGAUAAGGAAUUGUUUGACUCAAUUGUAUGCUAAGGAUAUAACUCCUGAUGAUAAGCAGGAACUUGAUGAAGCUUUACAAAGGGAGAUUCAAGCUGCCUUUCGUACGGAUGAAAUUCGAAGGACUGCUCCAACUCCACAAGACGAGAUGCGAGCUGGAAUGAGCUACUUUCAUGAGACAAUCUGGAAAGGUGUGCCAAAAUUCUUGCGUCGAGUGGACACUGCUCUGAAAAACAUAGGAAUAGAGGAACGUGUUCCUUACAAUGCCCCUCUUAUCCAAUUUUCUUCCUGGAUGGGUGGUGAUCGUGAUGGAAAUCCCAGGGUAACUCCAGAAGUUACAAGGGAUGUUUGCUUGCUGGCAAGAAUGAUGGCUGCUAACUUGUACUUUUCCCAGAUUGAGGAUCUUAUGUUUGAGUUAUCUAUGUGGCGCUGCAAUGAUGAGCUGCGUGCUCGUGCUGCUGAACUUCACAGGUCCUCAAAGAAAGAUGCGAAACAUUAUAUAGAGUUCUGGAAACAGAUUCCUCCAAAUGAGCCCUAUCGUGUUAUCCUUGGUGGUGUAAGGGACAAACUUUAUUACACUCGUGAACGUGCUCGCCACCUACUAACCAAUGGAGUCUCUGACAUUCCUGAGGACACAACCUUUACUAAUGUUGAGCAGUUCUUGGAGUGUCUUGAACUAUGCUACAGAUCACUCUGCUCUUGUGGUGAUCGUCCUAUAGCAGAUGGAAGCCUUCUGGAUUUCAUGCGACAAGUUUCUACAUUUGGGCUUUCGCUUGUCAGACUUGACAUCAGGCAAGAAUCUGACAGGCACACUGAUGUCAUGGAUGCGAUCACAAAGCACCUUGAUAUUGGAUCUUACCGUGACUGGCCUGAGGAACGAAGACAAGAAUGGCUAUUGUCUGAAUUAAGUGGAAAGCGCCCACUUUUCGGCCCAGACCUUCCGAAAACUGAAGAAAUUGCUGAUGUCUUGGACACAUUCAAUGUCAUUGCUGAGCUUCCCUCCGACAGCUUUGGUGCCUACAUCAUUUCUAUGGCAACUUCCCCCUCUGAUGUGCUUGCUGUCGAGCUUUUGCAGCGUGAAUGCCAUGUCAAGGAGCCACUGAGGGUUGUCCCAUUGUUUGAAAAGCUUGCUGAUCUUGAGGCUGCUCCAGCCGCUGUUGCUCGUCUCUUCUCAAUUGAUUGGUACAGAAAUCGGAUCAAUGGCAAGCAAGAAGUUAUGAUUGGCUACUCAGAUUCGGGUAAGGAUGCAGGACGUCUCUCUGCAGCUUGGCAGCUAUACAAGGCUCAAGAAGAGCUCAUCAAGGUGGCCAAACAAUUCGGGGUUAAGCUUACCAUGUUCCAUGGGAGAGGUGGGACUGUUGGAAGAGGAGGUGGACCAACUCACCUUGCUAUAUUGUCUCAACCGCCUGACACCAUCCAUGGUUCCCUUCGUGUGACUGUUCAAGGUGAAGUCAUCGAGCAAUCUUUUGGGGAGGAGCACUUGUGCUUUAGAACCCUCCAGCGUUUCACAGCAGCAACACUCGAGCAUGGAAUGCACCCCCCUAUAUCACCGAAGCCAGAGUGGCGAGCUCUCAUGGAUGAGAUGGCAGUUAUAGCCACAGAAGAGUACCGUUCUGUAGUCUUUCAGGAACCUCGGUUUGUUGAGUACUUCCGCCUCGCAACUCCAGAGUUGGAGUAUGGUCGAAUGAACAUCGGCAGCCGUCCAUCCAAACGAAAGCCGAGUGGAGGCAUCGAAUCGCUCCGUGCAAUCCCAUGGAUUUUCGCAUGGACACAGACGAGGUUUCACUUGCCGGUGUGGCUUGGUUUUGGGGCAGCAUUUAGGCACGUGAUUGCAAAGGAUGUGAAGAACCUUCACAUGCUUCAGGAGAUGUACAACCAGUGGCCUUUCUUCAGGGUCACCAUUGAUUUAGUUGAGAUGGUGUUCGCCAAAGGAGACCCCAGAAUUGCUGCUCUGUAUGAUAAACUCCUUGUCUCAGACGAUCUUUGGUCAUUUGGAGAACGAUUGAGGGCCAUGUAUAAUGAAACCAAACACCUUCUCCUCCAGGUUGCUGGGCACAAAGAACUUCUAGAAGGAGACCCCUACUUGAGACAAAGACUUCGUCUUCGUGAUUCCUACACAACCACUCUGAAUGUGUGCCAAGUUUAUACUCUCAAGCGAAUCCGUGACCCGAAUUAUAAUGUGAAAUUGAGGCCACAUUUGUCCAAAGAAAGCAUGGAGUCGACCAACAAACCAGCAGCGGAGCUUGUGAAGCUCAACCCCACCAGUGAGUAUCCGCCUGGUCUUGAAGACACUCUUAUUUUGACAAUGAAGGGUAUUGCCGCCGGUAUGCAAAACACCGGUUAGAGAGGGCUUUGUUUUAUAUCUAUAUUACUUCUACGUAUAUUUAUAUAUGUAAUCGAACUGAGAUAUUUUCCUUCUUUUUCCCUUGCGUUUUUCUAAACGCUCUUGAGUUGGUAUAUGAUAAUCAUAAUGUAAGACAAUAAUUUCCAUUCUGUUUUUUUAAUCCUUGAAAUUUUAUAUAUAAAGCGAUUAUAAUAUGGUGAACA